GGAGGUCGCCCAGAUUGACCAGUUCCUUCAGGAGACGGCGGCCCGUGAAGCAAACGCUAAGGUACGCUUGCAGCAGUUCAUUGAGGAGCUUCUGGACCGAGCCGACCGGGCCGAAAAACAGCUGCAGAUCAUCAGCAGCUGUGGCACCACGCCGAACGGCAGCCUGGGACGCUGCAGCCUGCAGGCCUCGAAGGGCAACGGACGCCAGAGAAACUCGAGCAUCUCUGGGAGCACGAGGGGAAUGUACCAAGUGUCAGAGCGACGUUCCUCUCCCAGCACAGGAGCAUCAGGGAGGAUCAAGUCUGUCUCGCAAGGCUCUGGAGGUUACGACAGUGAUAGCGUUGAGAUGCAUCCCAUGGAGGACUGUCCUGAAGCUCAGUACUAUCACAUGCAGUGCCGGUUGAAUGAGGGGGGUUACGAACGCUCACCCGGAUGCGGCUCGAGAAACUGGGGUCUUCGUAAACAGGCUAUCCAGAACUG